AUGUCGCCUGCAGAGACAAAAGGACCACUGAGGGCCUAUGUGACCUUCUUGGCUGGAAAUGGAGACUAUUGGAAAGGUGUGGUUGGCCUGGCCAAGGGCCUUAGGAAGACCAAAUCUGCAUACCCGCUUGUGGUGGCCGUCCUGCCUGAUGUUCCUGAGGAGCACCUCCAGAUUCUUGAAUCUCAAGGAUGCAUUGUGCGCCAGAUUGAGCCUGUCUACCCUCCUGAAAACCAAACCCAAUUUGCCAUGGCUUAUUAUGUCAUCAACUACUCAAAGCUUCGUAUUUGGGAGUUUGUGGAGUACGAGAAGAUGAUAUACUUGGAUGGAGACAUACAAGUGUUUGAUAAUAUCGAUCACCUUUUCGACAUGCCCGAGGGUUAUUUUUAUGCUGUGAUGGAUUGCUUUUGUGAGAAGACAUGGAGUAAGACUCCUCAGUAUAAGAUUGGAUACUGCCAGCAGUGCCCUGAGAAGGUUCAAUGGCCAGCCGACUUGGGCUCACCACCACCACCUUACUUCAAUGCUGGCAUGUUUGUCUAUGAGCCUCGUCUUCCGACUUACUAUGAUCUCUUAGAGACCGUCAAAGUCACCCCUCCUUCCUCAUUUGCCGAGCAGGACUUUUUGAACAUGUUCUUCAAGGAUGUAUACAAGCCUAUCCCACCUGCAUACAAUCUUGUACUGGCUCUCUUGUGGCGCCACCCUGAAAAUGUGGACGUUGACCAAGUGAAGGUUGUUCAUUACUGUGCUGCGGGAUCAAAGCCAUGGAGGUACACAGGAGAGGAAGAGUAUAUGGAGAGAGAAGACAUAAAGAUGCUGGUGAAGAAGUGGUGGGAUAUUUAUGAGGACCCGUCACUGGAUUACAUUAAGAAUAAUGAUGAUGAUGAUGAAAUUGUGGUGAAGGCAGACGAGCAUGUAAAGGUUGGACCACCCUUUAUUGAUGUAAUAUCGGAGACUGACGCUGUUGACCAAAGGAGUGCACCAUCUGCCGCUUGA